AAAUGAAUCAUUAAAAAGAAUCAGUUCAAAAGAGUGAUUCAUCUGGAAACUGUGCAUCACUAUCUGAGAGUUUUCUCCUUUUGCACAGUCAGUCUCUCCAUCCCAGAUCCUGCCUCUGCUCGCGUUUCCACUCAUUUACUGUUCAACGAAGGGGCCAGAAUGGGAGCAAAGCUCAGUCAGAAGAAGAGUGAAGCAGAGACAGUAAGUCCAGCUGUACAAGAGGGCUCACCUGUGGCUGAAAAUGCAGAGCAGAAAUCUUCUGAAGUCGAGGUUCAAGAGAGCAUGCCUGCAGAAGAGAACACCGGUGGGUCUGGCUCUCCAAGCAGUGUUCUGCAGAGUCUUACACAAGCUGUAGGAGAAACGGUCAACGCAGUCACUGAACAGAUUGCUGCACCGGUGGAAGAUGUUGUAAACAAAGGUAUUGAAGCAGUGGAGACCGCACUGGCAUCCAUCAGCCUGAUUGAGAAGGAACCUGAACCUGAACAGAAGUCUGAACCUGUAGUAGAUCUCGCCGAUUCUGAUGUUCUCCAAGAACCCAGCCUCUUGGAUGACCUGCUGAAAUCUCCACUCUCAGAAGCCCUCAUUUCUGGAGUCACUAUGGUGAGUGAAGCCAUGACCAGUGGGAUGGUUGAAGACAAAAUUAGCAGUCCUGCACCAGCUGAGAACAAGGAUUUGUUGGAAUGUCUGGAGAAGGUGGAGACGCCCUCACUGGACCCUCUGGACUGUAAACUGACCCAUGAAUUCACAAUCCCUAACUCAGAUCCAUCAUUCACUUUGGAAGAUAUGGGACAGAAUGCAGUUGAUGCAGUCAACCUUAUAUAAACCACGACACUCGCCUCUAGAAAACAGCGGCUGGAAGAUCAUUACGUGCAAUCAUGUCGUAACAAUAUUCAAGAAAUUAAUGAACUUUUUUUUUUUUUUUUUGGGAAAUUCAAGUAAAUUGAAGUUUAAAGAAUUUCUUAAUCCUUUUUAUCAGAAAUAUUGCCUUAUUUGAAAGUUUGGACCACAGUUUAAAAAGCCUUGAUGUUUGAAGAUUAUUAUUAGUCAAUGGAGCCAGUUCUUUCCUUCUGAGUUUUACACAACCGUGUCAUGAAAGUGACAUGUAAAACCAGCCAACUCAUGCCUACCAAUUAUUGAAAAGCAGCAAACCAGCUGUCUUAAUAUCUUUUCUCGAUGGUCUAUUUUCUUCCAAGCUCUUGGUGAUUGUGUAUGAACCGUUCAGUCUCCCAUUGGGGAAGAAGUAGAGAAUGUAUUUUAAAUAAUGAUUGUAGUAAAGGAAAAUAAAGAUUGUAACACAUCACAAUAA